AGAAGGUUGCUAGUUAGGAGGCAUCCAUACGCUGUCUGUCUAGUGUACUAAAAAAUAUGUACCAUCAGAUAGCAGGGGCUGGAAAAGAGACCCUUAGGCAAAAGGACUGGAAAGACAGUGGUGACGCAUUGGCCAAUGGUCAUACUCCGCUGUCAGUGUGCCUCAUUGGGUAGCUCUGAACACCCCACAGGAGGGGGCACCCCGAUGCCCGGGCACCCAUACACCCCUGACCCGCUUUCGGCAUUUGCAACAUUGUCCAAAGCUCAGGAUUGCACCCCAAUAUCACUGCGAUCCAAAUGCGUUUCCCAAUCUUUCCGAUUUUUUUGUCGAGAAAGUCACGUGUUGUGACAUCUAGCUCACAUGACUGCGUCUUCCAGCCAAUCGAAUGUUAGUGUUCGAUCUGAGUUGAGUGAAAGGAUAGGGGGAAAAAUCAUUUUCCUGUCUGCCGUUCUUUUUUUUUUAUAAUCUUUUCACAAACGCCGAAAGUGGUGGCCAUCUGUUUCCAGUAGCACCUAAGGUGUUGGACUGGUAGCUCCUCUACUCCUAAACUCUCCCAAAGAUCCCUGGGUUAACACAUCUAGGUCCUGUAUCUUCAUCCCUGCCAUGGAGCCAACCAAAGUCCAGUCUGAGGGGGGACUCAAUGUCACUCUCACCAUCAGACUGCUCAUGCAUGGCAAGGAGGUUGGUAGCAUAAUUGGAAAGAAAGGGGAAACAGUCAAAAAAAUGCGGGAGGAGAGUAGUGCUCGUAUAAACAUUUCAGAGGGAAACUGCCCAGAGAGGAUAGUCACCAUCACAGGGCCUACAGAUGCCAUAUUCAAGGCUUUUGCCAUGAUUGCGUACAAGUUUGAAGAGGAUAUCAUCAACUCCAUGAGCAACAGCCAGGCUACCAGUAAGCCUCCAGUGACCCUGCGUCUGGUGGUACCAGCCAGCCAGUGCGGCUCUCUGAUUGGGAAGGGUGGCUCUAAGAUCAAGGAGAUGAGGGAGUCUACAGGAGCUCAGGUGCAGGUAGCAGGGGAUAUGCUGCCCAACUCCACCGAGCGGGCUGUCACCAUCUCGGGUACUCCGGACGCCAUUAUCCAGUGUGUGAAGCAGAUCUGUGUGGUGAUGCUGGAGUCCCCACCCAAAGGUGCUACAAUCCCGUACCGGCCCAAGCCUGCCUCUGCUCCAGUGAUUUUCUCUGGGGCACAAGUGAGAGCAGACCCACUGGCAGCCCCCUCAACAGCCAACCUCAGCCUGCUGCUACAGCACCAGCCUCUGCCUACCUACACCAUUCAGGGACAGUAUGCCAUCCCUCAUCCUGACCAGUUGACCAAGCUCCAUCAGCUGGCUAUGCAGCAAACCCCCUUUACCUCCCUUGGGCAGACCACCCCCGCUUUCCCUGGUGUGGAUGCCAGUUCACAGGCCAGUACUCAUGAGCUCACCAUUCCAAAUGAUCUAAUAGGCUGCAUAAUCGGGCGCCAGGGCACAAAAAUCAAUGAGAUUCGUCAGAUGUCUGGGGCUCAGAUCAAAAUCGCUAAUGCCAUGGAGGGGUCAUCAGACCGUCAGAUCACCAUCACGGGUACACCUGCCAACAUCAGCCUGGCACAGUAUCUCAUUAAUGCCAGGUUCCGAGAUGUGGCAGCCAUGUGGACUGACCCUUCUACUAUGACGACCUCUUGAAGCCCCAUGCUCUUCUCAUCUGAAACUCAACGAAAUCAUCCUGUUCCUUUACUUUACUUUUUGGACUUCAUAAGCUUCCCUACCAACCUCGACAGUUACUAAGAAGAUGUCUGCUUCUAAGGAAGUUUGAAUGGAAUUGAAGGAAAAUCUUCAGUCUGUACGAUUUCUUUCAUUAAAAAAAAGAAACGGACUUGGCAUCACGACACUGACUGUGCUAGCAUAAGGCCCCAACUACGAGUUAUGUUUAACCUGUCUAUGGCUCUACAGCCGAUUGUUUAGUUCUUAUUCUAAUGUAAUUUACCAAGCAAUUGUUGAGUACUUAGGUCAUUUGUAAUGAAUGGUAAUGGAAUUGUGUCUGUGUAAAAGCAUAUGUUAUAUUUUCUUGUCAGUUUAACUAUAGUUAUAUAUAGGGUUUUAGCACAGAAUCUUAGCAUGCUGAAUGUCUAGAAUCAGUUGUGCUCUUAUUUCACUUCUGCUUUUGUUGUGAAUAUACAUACAUGCAUAAAGUUUAUUCAAGCAAUCAUACAUGUGAUGCAAGCAAUAAUUCUCAAAUAUGUGUCUGUUUAAACCAAUACCAUAAACUUUGUCGUAGAACAUGGAAAAAAUACGGAAAACAGAAAAAGAAAAUCCAUGGGUUGUACAUAAAGAAGGCACGUGGUUUCUAAUAUUGCAUUUUGCUUAAGGUCAUUUGUCUUAAGGUGAUCCAUGAUUGUUUAGCGCAGUAUACUUGACUUUUACUACAGUCUACAUAUUGCAUCAUAAUGUAUCAAUGAUAACCUGUGUGGUCAGAGAAGUUCCUGUUUGGAAAGACCUUCUGCAGUCUUCAUAGACCAUUUCAUAAGUUAACCAGAAGAUUCUUUCAGCCUUGCUCAACAAGUUGAUUGUUUGAUUUGCAUUGAAUCUAUUACUUUACUGUUGUCUACUAGUUUAAUGGGUUAUGAUAGCAUAUUUGCAAUGUAUUGAAGCUUCAUGUAAACACCAUGUCUGUGCAUUGUAUGCAAUAAUGUGACUAUAUUUUGCUCUUUAUGACAGCAUGAGAAGCAUACAUUAGUAGAGACAUAGAUUCUGUUGAUGGGUUUUUGUCUUGUAAUUCAUUAGUAGAGUUUUGCUGUUGAUUUUUGACUAUACAGAUCUGAUUUUGAGGGGAGGUUACUGGUAAUUGCAUUUGAAUGUAAUGAUGUGAACUUUUUAACAAGUCAUUUGCAAUGUAGCGGUUCUGUGCUGUCCCCAGAUUAAGGCUGCCCAAGUGGAGGAAACUACAUAACCUUUACAACAUCUGGGCCUUUAAGUUUAUUUAGCGUUUUAUUUUCAAAUAGGAUAGUGAUUAAUGUAUGAAUUUGAAGUGUAAUUACUCUUAAAUAUGACCAGUUAUCUUUUUGGAAUGUUUAUUGUUUAUAUCAAAGUGGGCUUUGAUGAGUUUAAAUGUAAUUUAAGAUGAUACCAUGUACGAAUUCAGUGUUGUCAUUAUGUGAAUGAAAUGAAAAUGGAAAUUGCUUAUA